AUGCUGUGCCUUUUUGUUGGACCUUCGGGCAGCGGCAAAAGUACGAUAAUUAGAUUGUUGUUUAGAUUUUAUGAUGUUGAGACGGGGUCUAUAGUUAUUGAUGGACAAAAUAUAAAAACUGUGACACAAGAGUCCCUCCGAAGGGCAAUAGGUGUUGUCCCUCAGGACACCGUACUCUUUAAUAAUACCAUCAAAUAUAACAUCAAAUAUGGACGACUAUCAGCGACCGAUGCUGAUGUUAUUCAAGCAGCAAAGAGUGCAAACAUUCAUGAGAGGAUUUUAACUUUUCCAGAUGGUUAUGAGUCUGUGGUAAGUAUUUCAGGGUUUUGUAUCUAAAAAUAUAUUGUUUUAUUUGGU